UGCGUUGGUACGAGCCGAAGCCAAGGGGCCCCGGCAGGAAAAGGAAGCAGGUCGGCCUUAAAGGGGCCUCAGCCAUUAUUUAUUUUAUUUAUUUAUGUAUAUCUAAAACCUCUCUCUUCUUCCUCCGAUGUUGUUAACGUACCCAACAGAAGAGUAGGCUCGGGGAAGCCGGGCGCAACCGGAGCCGCGGGGCCCGCUGCUGGUGACGGCAGCUCCUGCUCAUCGGAAAGCAAGGUGUGCGUGAGCUGCGCCCAGGGGUGUCCCGCGCCCCGGUGCCCUGCGGGACCUAACAGCUGGGGUCGCGCGGGGGGAACUGGGCCCAGGGCUCAGGUGGAGCGGCUGAUGCCCCGAGCUGCAAGGUGAGGCCACUCUGGUGAAACUGGGACAAGCUCUUGCACGUCCAGAGCUGGGCCGGGGCGACAAGGGGAGCCGCCAAGAUGUCAGAGGAAAAUAUCUUCCUGUUCGUGCCUAACUUAAUCGGUUAUGCCCGGAUUGUCUUCGCCAUGGUUUCUUUCUACUUCAUGCCCUGCUGCCCCUUCACGGCCUCCUCCUUCUAUCUGCUCAGCGGGCUUCUAGACGCGUUUGAUGGACACGCAGCUCGAGCCCUUAAUCAAGGAACCCGGUUUGGGGCCAUGCUAGACAUGCUGACAGACCGCUGCUCCACCAUGUGUCUCUUAGUCAACCUGGCCCUGCUAUACCCUCGAGCUACUCUUCUCUUCCAGCUCAGCAUGAGCUUGGACGUGGCCAGUCACUGGCUCCAUCUGCACAGCUCUGUGGUGCGAGGCAGCGAGAGCCACAAGAUGAUUGACCUAUCUGGGAACCCUGUGCUUCGAAUCUACUAUACCUCUAGGCCUGCUCUGUUCACCCUGUGUGCUGGAAAUGAGCUCUUCUACUGCCUCCUGUACCUGUUCAGUUUCUCCGAGGGACCACUAGUGGGCUCUGUGGGCCUUUUCCGAAUGGGCCUCUGGGUCACGGCUCCUGUCGCCCUGCUCAAGUCCGCCAUCAGUGUCAUCCACCUCAUCACCGCAGCAAGAAACAUGGCUGCCCUGGACGCCGCAGAUCGUGCCAAGAAGAAAUGAUCCUGUCCCGUCCCCAGCUGCCUACCUGCCCUCGGUAUCUACUGUGCCACGUGGCUUCUCUCUUCCUCCUAAGAGGUCCCAGUGUCAUGUCUUUCUCAUGUGUUCUCUAACCUGCUGGGAUUGGGGGGUCGCCCUCUGUUUGGUGUUGCCACUGUCUCUUUUAUCCUGAGGCCUAGACCCAGCCUGUGACCCCCAUGGACCCAGCACUGCAAAGCAGGAAGAGUGCUCGGGAGGUCCCGCCAUCCAGCCAGUGCUCCCGGAGGCCUGUCUGAGAAUUGGGUGUUGCCACACAGCCUGCUGGCUCAGCCCUGGGG